UUCUAUCUCCUUCACUAGUUCAGCUCAUCGCCAAAGAAGGAUCUAGUCAGCCGAGAAUUGAAGGGUCAUCACUUCUAGAAAUACAGCAUCCACACAGUGAUUCCUUUGAAGAUGCUCUUCUAUCAUUUGAGAGAGAAGUUGAGGUAUUUCCCUGUUCAGAUAGGUCUCAUAAAGGUAAAUCUCACUUGCCUUCUAUCUCAUCAUGUGAUUCACUAGGGAGUAAAUCUCAAUCUCUUUCUUUUAGUAGUAACCCAGAAGUUACUGUUCAGUCCUUUCAUGCCCCUUCUACUACUCUUCCUGAAGAUGUAGGACAGUUUCCAUGUUUUCCCCUGCUAAUCUUUCAAGUGAUGUUAUUCACCCAUCCUUUUCUGUAUGUAACUCAUCACAUGGUAAUCAUGUCAUUUCAUGUCCUUCCAACAACAGCCAUGGUAAAACUGCUAUUCAAUCCUCCUCUCCUUCCCAAAGCAAUUUUUGUAUGAAUGAGGUGUCACAAGUUCAUUCCUCUCCUAACAAUUUAACCAAAGAUGAAAUCCACUUGGUGUCCAAAGACAUAAUGGUACCAACUCCUUUGUCUAGUUUUCCUGGAAAGGUGUCACAGCCUGUUGUUCAUUCUCAAAACACCCAUUCAUCAGAAAGCCAGAAUCCUCCCUCAGAACCAUUAAUUUAUUCGUCCUGUGACAUUCCAAAAGGAUUAAAUCUGUUACCACAUUCUAAACAAGGUAACCAAUCAAAGGAGGCAAUUCAGUUAUCACAAAUUGGAAAUCAGUCACCACUCCUCCAAAGUUAUCAACCAAGCAUUUGUCAGUUGUCCGUUGAACAACAGUCAUUGUGUUCUCAAAUUAAUCAGCAAAAAGAUGGGAUUCAGUCAUCACUUCCUUGUCAGAGUACUCGGGCAUUAGAUUUAAACACUUCAGUACUUCCUUUUGACACCUCUAAACCAAAAGAAGUAGACAAGACCUCACUCCCCUCUCCAGUUAAUCAGACUGUACUUUCAUCCAUACAUAGUCAACCAGGUGAAGAUCAUUUACCACCUCCAAGUAGUGAUGCACAAUUUUUAGUGCAUGCAUCACCUCCUACUUUAAUGCAUGAACCAAAUGAUAUGAGUCAACCAACAUCAUGUCAAAGUAACAAACUAGAAAAUGGCAGUCCACUGACAGUUCCUCUCAUUAGUAAUCAAGUAGUAGACACAAAUCUUUCAUCACACACUUCCAAAAUUCAUCAGUCAGAAUCUUCCAGCCAUCUGUCCCUUCUAUCCUCAAGUAAUCACAUCAAAGUUGAGGCAAAAAUUAAUAGCCAAUCAUCUGUGGCUUCCCAAAUGAAUGAAAAUUCAGUUCCAAGUCAGUCAGUGCUUAUUUCUCAGUGCAGUGAACUUGAAGUUAAGAAUCAGUCAUUACUAUCCUCUCAAAUAUAUCCAUUAGAUGGUGAUCAACCACCACUUCCAUCUCAGAGUAAUGAUACUAAAGAGAUCAAUCAGUCAUCACCUCUCCAGAAUCGAAAACCAGAUGAAAAUCAAGUAUCACCUAUGCAAAUUAAUGAAAGCAAAGAGGUCAGUCAGUCAUCCCAACCUCUUCAAGACCACCAACCAGAUGGUAGUCAACCAUCACUUUCUCCCCCAAGUGAUGAAAUGAACGAGAUUAGAAAGUCAUCACCAUCUCUGCAAAGUCAUCAUACAGAUGGACAACAAUUACUUCCUAUCCAGAGUGAUCGACAUAAAAGUGUUAGUGAGUCAUCACCUCAGAGUUUGCAGAUAGAUGAAGGUCAAGCAUCUACCCUUCCCCAAAGUGAUCAGCAUAAAAGUAUAAGUCAGUCAUCAACACAUCAGGGUCAUCAACCAGAUGGAGAUCAGCUACAGAGUGAUGAACAUGAAAGUAUAUGUCUGUCAUCUCUACCUCAGAGUUGUCAACUAGUUGGAGGCCAACCAUCCCCUCCUCCUCAAAUCGAUAAACCUGAAAAUAUCAGUCAUAUAUCACCACCUAAGAGAUGUCAACCAAGUGGCAAUGAGUCAUCACCUCUACAGAGUGAUGAACCUAAAAGUGUCAGUCAGUCAUUUCCACCCCAGAGUUGUCAGUCAGAUGAAGGUCAGCUAUCACUUCCUUCUGAGGUUGAUGAAUUUAAAAGUAUCAGUCAUUCAUUGCCACUUCAGAGUGAUCAGCUAGUUGGAGGUCAGCCAUCACUUGUUCCCCAAAGUGAUGAACCUAAAAGUGUCUGUCAGUCAUCUCCUCUCCAAAGCUGCCGGCUAGAUGGAGGUCAGCUAUCAGCUCUUUCCCAAAGAGGUGAAACUAGACGAGUUAGUCAGUCACCAUCACCUCAGAGUUGUCAGCCAUCACUCUCCUCCCAGAAUGAUGAACCUGAAAGUACCAGUGAGUUAUCACCACUUCACAGUCAUCAGGCAGAUGAAGGUGAUAAAUCCCUUCAUCCCCAGAGAGAUGAAUCUAAAAGUUUUAGGCGGUCAUCUUCACCUGAGUACCAUCAACUAGAUGGAAGUCAGGCAUCAUUUCCUCCUCAAAUUGAUGAACCUAAAAGUAACGGUCAGCCUUCCCAACCUCAGAGUCAUCAACCAGAUGUAGGUCAUCCAACAGGACCUCAUGGGAAUGAUGAACAAAAGGAUUUAAGUCAGAAAUCACCUUCUCUCAAAAAUGAUGCGAGAAAUGAUGUUGGUCAUACAUUACCAUGCAUUCAAAAUAAUGAAUUGGGUGCAAGUGCAACUUUACUUCCUUCGGAAAGUAAGUGUGCAAAUGUAAGUGGACCAUUACUAAUGAAUGUAGAUCUCUCAUCAAAUUCACAGUGUGAACAGACUGAGUCAUUCCAACUCUCCGAAAAUAAUCAGCAGAAAGAUUACGGUGGAAUUUCAUCUUCUCAGACUGACCUACUGGACAGUGUAGUGCAGCAAUCACCCUCAAUGAAUAAUAAGCAAGAAGGUACUACCAUGAUAUCACUACUCAAAGAUAUACAGCUCUUGAAUAAGCAUUUACAUGAUACUGUAAAUUCUUCACAUUCUCCUGAAAGUAAAGCUGUGGAUGAGAGUGAUUUACAGCUUACCUCACAAUCAGGAAUAACUCAUUUAUCCUCUUCAUCAUGUCAUCCAUCAUCAAGAAUUGUUCGGAUUCCACAGUGCGAUUUUAUAGAUUCAGAUCAAGGGACAGCUCUUUCAUCCAGCCAUCCAUCAAGUAGUAUCUGUCAAGAGGAACAUAACACAACUGAAUUAGCACAAGGUCUCCAUGAAAUGUUGGUUGGUCAAUCUGAUAUGCUUCAUCAGCCAUGCAUACCUUCAAGUGUGCCACAUGAAGUUUCAGAAAAUCUGCCCCUUCUUUAUUCACACAAGCCGACAACAAAUACAAAACAGAAAGCUCUCACGUUCUCGAGUCAUCCACCUCAAAUUGGUGAGAAAAUUCAGAUUCCUGCUUUGAGUAAUGAAGUUUCAACUCCAAGUAGAUCUGGAGAGAAUUCCUGUAAUCUUGAUGAGUCCUUAAAUUUACAGAAUACUAUUGAAGUUAAAACUUACCCUCCAGAAAAUAUUUCAGACAAUGAGAGUAAUUUGCUACCGUCACCCAAUGUACAGUCCAGUAAUGCUGAACUUGACACUCCUUCAGUUCAAAGGAUUUUUGAAGAAAAUGGAAAUGUUGCAUUGUCAUUAGGUGUUGCCUGUAACAAUAUAGUUUCAUGCAAUUCAAGUAAUGAGCCCAUAUCAAAGGAUAGUGUUUUGCAGACUCUUAGAUUAGAUAUGCCCAAACAGCAGGCUUUGAUAGUAAGUCCUAGUGCUGAAAAGAUGCAGGUAAAUGAAGGGGACAUUAUAAAUCAGAAUUCUUUAGCCAAAGCUGAUAAUUGUGAACUAGGGAAGUUGAAUGAUGGGCCUUUUUCAGAGCAUGUAUUCCAUUUAGAGGACAACUCCUUGGGCAUCUGUGAAACUAAAUUAACUAAGUUUUCCAGAAAUUCAGAUUGUUUGGAAACAAGCAGAGCAUCUUCAGAGAUGAAAGAAACAAAUGAUGGGAUAAGUUGUGACAAAAAUACAUGUGGAACCUUGAAAAAGACUAUAGAUAACAGGAAUGUUGAAGAAAAAGAAUCCCAAAAUAAUGAGAGAGUUACUCAGAAAGGGACCUAUCAGAAAAUGGCCUUAGUAUUUGAAGGUGAUAUUGCAAAUGAAGGAAUGUUAGCCCCAGGAAUGACUAGAGAUGUAAAAUCUCAAUCAAACCUUAUGACAGAAAGUUGUGAUUCACAGCUUCCAUUAUCUGUAAAACAUUUCUCACCUUCAGCAAGGAAAAGAAUGGAUACGUGUCAGUCAGCAUCAGUCACCAGGUUAAAUGAAAUCAAUAAGAUGGAGAACAUUCCUGUGGUCAGUUUGACAGAAAAGAGUAAGAUUCCUUCAGCUGAAGAAAGCAUUUCACCUCCUACAUCUCUUUUAGUGCCACGUCAGAAAAGGAAAUAUCACACGAUACCUACAGCUCAGCCUCUACAAAUUGAAAGUCUCCCAAAAGGUCCAGCUAAAGUUAUCACAGAAAGCACAUCUGCAGAACAAGGCUCCAAAUCACCUGCUCACAAAGCCCCUCCUAGACCUCCAGCACCUUUGAAUUAUAAUGUACCAUUAGUUUUGGGAUCAAGAGAUGCAUCUGUUUCGGUGCCAGAUAAGUCAUAUGAUAGAACAAGUUGUCCUGCAGAAACCAGAGCUUAUCAGAACACAAGCCAAACACCAUCUUUAGCCACUAAAGCUCCCAUGAAAAUUUCUCUUAAUCCUUUUGAUAGUGAGGAGGAAGAAGAACCAGAGCCUGUCUUAGAAAUGAAGAGUUCGCUUAAUCCAUUUGACAGUGAAGAGGAUGAAGAACAAGCACUUGUGUCAAAGAUGGUGAAGGUGGAAGCUUCAUCAAAGAAACCAACGAAAGAAAUUUCCCUUAACCCAUUUGAUAGUGAGGAUGAUGAUGAAGGAAAAGAGCAAGAACCAUUUUUACUAACUGUCCCUCAUACAAAGAUCCCACUGCCACCUAUUGGAUAUAAUCCAUUUGAUGAAGAUGAUGAUGAGGGAGAUAGUACUAAUGAAAAACAUCCUUCCAGUCAUUGUAAGAGAAAUACACAUGGCCAGAAAUCAAAUACUUUAGUUCCCUCUGCAUAUCAAACUUCAUCUUGCAGCAGAAAACCAGUUAAACCAAUCUCCCUGAAUCCCUUUGAUGAGGAAGAUGAGGAAGAGGAGAGCAGUGUUAUGACAGCCCCAUUUUUAAGAGUUUCUUCCCAAGAACAGCAGUCACUACCAAGAAAUUCUUUAACAUUCCAAGAAGCUUCAAGAGAAUCUCUGCCAAAUUCAGAGAUAUUCAUUAAGAGAAAAAAGAAACGACAAGCUCCUCUUCCACCUGGAUAUGGAUCCCCAGAUUGUUCAUUUGCAUCUGCCACAUCACUAGUCCCUCAGAGGCAGGUGAUGUAUCCAAGAGUUGGAUCGUUAUCAUCCUUGAACGAGACUUUUUGGAGGCAAGACACUCGAGCUUUUGGAAGUACGCUUUCACUCUUCUCAUCAAAGAGAAAACCACCACCCAGACCACCCCUUCCAAAAUGGAAAUGAGAGAAUGUAGUAUAAACUCAAGAGGUUUGAUUUGGAAGGUCAGCAUAAAAAAAAAAUUAAACAGCCAUUGACAUAGGUAUUAAAGACUGAUUUUCAGUAUUUUGAGUUCUGCUAAAUGUUCAUUGGUCGUAAAUGAAGUACGUAGGCUCUUUGUUACAUUCAUCA